AUGUUAACACAAUUACUAUCUUAUUUUCAAAAUAAUAUAAGCAAUUUAGUUGAAAUUAAUAUGGAUUUUAAUAUUGACAGCUUACCGUUAGCAAAAAGCUCUAAACAACAAUUUUGGCCAAUACUCUGUUCAAUUUUAAAUUUACCAAAAAUAUCAGAUGCUGUCUUCCCUGUUGGUAUAUACUAUGACACACAUUGUAAACCAUCUUCUAUUGAAGAAUUUAUGAACCCUUUCAUCACCGAAUUAUUAAAUAUAUUAAAUUCAGGAUAA